UUGCAGAUAUUAAUCGCAUGAAAUCCCAGUUUAAGAGAGGGGGCGGAGGAAUGUGUAUAUCUUCAGACAAAGUGUGGCACAUAUUCAUGAAAUCUAUUGAACAGAUCGAAGGCUGUCAGAAGAGUACGACCACUUCGAAGAGUGGUCACUCCCAUCACUCCCAUAAGCACAGUGACGGGGAAAGCGCACAAACAGGCUGUCGGUGUCCCGAACACCACUUUGCGUCCCAUUCCCGUCUACUCUGCACCACAUUUAUGGCUCUUUCGAGUGUUUCCCUCUCUUUGGCGACAAUAGAGUCCACGACUGAACACACGGCAGACGAACCGUGA